AUGGAUCGAAGUUGGAUAUCAAAUUCCAAACCUGGUGACCCGCGAUAUGAAGUUGGAAUUAGGGAUUUCAUUAACUUUGUUGUUGAGCAUGCUGGAGAUCGUUCAAGGUUACCGUGCCCGUGUUUCAAAUGCCAUAAUUUUCUAUAUAGACCGGUUGAUGAAAUUCUUGGUCAUUUAUGCAAGAAUUCUUUUGAUAAAACAUAUACUCAUUGGAUAUGGCAUGGGGAAAAUUAUGAAGGAAUCACUACUGGUAAUUUUGGGAACAAUGUUCAUGAAAGUCCUAAUGAUGUUCAAGAAUGUUCUAAUCUUAAUGAGGGUGGUAGAUUAGGGGACACGAUACGUUCAGCUCAAGAUAAGUUUGAUGAAAAUCCUUCCGCGUUUCAAGAUUUGUUAAAAGAUUCUGAAAUGCCGUUAUACCCAGGUUGCAAAAAGUAUACAAGAUUAUCUGCUGUAGUUAGAUUAUAUAAUGAGAAGGCGGGUCACGGUUUAACUGAUAAGAGUUUUGAAGAUAUACUUGAAGUAGUCAAAGACUUCAUUCCCGAUGAUAAUGUGUUUCCAAGCCGUAAUUAUGAGGCUAAAAAGACAUUGACCCCGAUGGGCUUGCCUUACCAGAAAGUUCAUGCUUGUCCUAAUGAUUGUGUACUAUACCAACAUGAAAAUGAAACAUUGAAUGAAAAGGUUGCAAAGAAGUUGACAUGGCAUUACUAUGGUCGGAAUAAAAAUGGGUUACUUAGACACCCAGUUGACUCGCCACAAUGGAAGUUUAUUGAUGGAAAAUUUCCCGAAUUUCGCAAAGAAAAACGGAACUUACGCCUAGCAUUGUCCACAUACAGCAUGAAUCCAUUUGGUUCCCUUAGUAGCACCCAUAGUACUUGGCCAGCCAAAACAGCAGGAAAUGACAUUGAUGUGUACUUGGUGCCCCUUAUUGAUGACUUGAAGAUAUUGUGGGACAAAGGUGUAGAAGUAUUUGAUGCACACCGAAAUGAAAUGUUUAACUUGAGAGCAAUGAUGUUUUGCACCAUUCAGGAUUAUCCGGCAUAUGGUAAUCUUUCAGGGUAUACAGUGAAAGGGAAAACAGCAUGUCCUGUUUGUGAGGAUAGUAUGGAGGGGAAAUGGUUAUCUGCAUCUAAAAAGACAGUUUACCUAGUACAUCAUAAAUGGUUGCCUAUUAAUCAUCUCUAUCGCAAGAAGAGAAAGGCAUUUGAUGGUGAACAAGAGUUUGAAGACGUCCAAGGACAUUGCUUAGAUGUGAUGCAUAUUGAGAAGAAUAUUUGUGAUAGCUUAGUUGGAACACUCUUGAAUGUGCCUGGGAAGUCAAAAGAUGGUGUCAGUCCUAGAGAUGACUUGAUGGAUCUGGGCAUUAGAAAAGAACUUCAUGUUGUGGAGCGUAACACUACAGAGUAUCUACCUCCGGCAGCUUAUACACUUUCACAAAGAGAGAAAAAAUAUAUGUUGUGA